GCGGAGUCCUCCGCAGAGCAGCCCCUUCCGGCCGCGGCCGCCGACCCCGGCCCCCGGCCCCCGGCGCCUCCUGGCUCUAUGGACAGGAGCUCGCUGCUGCAGCUUAUCCAGGAGCAGCAGCUGGACCCCGAGAACACAGGUUUCAUCGGUGCGGACACCUUCACUGGCCUGGUGCACAGCCAUGAGCUGCCUCUGGACCCGGCCAAGCUGGACAUGCUGGUGGCCUUGGCCCAGAGCAACGAGCGGGGCCAGGUCUGCUACCAGGAGCUGGUGGACCUGGGCCCCCCCCCAGAUCAGCAGUAAACGCUCCAGCAGCUUUAAGCGGGCCAUCGCCAACGGACAGAGGGCCCUGCCCCGGGCCGGGCUGCUGGACGAGCCAGGCCUGGGUGUCUACAAGCGGUUUGUGCGCUACGUUGCCUACGAGAUCCUGCCCCGGGAGGUGGACCGCCACUGGUACUUCUACCGGCACCGCAGCUGCCCACCCCCCGUGUUCAUGGCGUCGGUCACCCUCGCCCAGAUCAUCGUGUUCCUGUGCUACGGGGCCCGUCUCAACAAGUGGGUGCUGCAGACCUACCACCCCGAGUACAUGAAGAGCCCCCUCGUGUACCAUCCCGGCCACCGCGCUCGAGCCUGGCGCUUCCUCACCUACAUGUUCAUGCAUGUCGGCCUGGAGCAGCUAGGGUUCAACGCGCUCCUGCAACUGAUGAUCGGGGUGCCCCUGGAGAUGGUGCACGGUCUGCUCCGCAUCAGCCUGCUCUACCUGGCCGGUGUGCUGGCAGGCUCCCUGACUGUCUCCAUUACCGACAUGCGGGCCCCUGUGGUGGGGGGCUCUGGUGGGGUCUACGCCUUGUGCUCGGCACACCUGGCCAACGUCGUCAUGAACUGGGCUGGGAUGAGGUGCCCCUACAAGCUGCUGAGAAUGGUGCUGGCCUUGGUGUGCAUGAGCUCCGAGGUGGGCCGGGCCGUGUGGCUCCGCUUUUCCCCACCACUCCCUGCCUCAGGCCCACAGCCCAGCUUCAUGGCACACCUGGCAGGUGCAGUGGUCGGGGUCAGCAUGGGUCUGACCAUCCUGCGCAGCUACGAGGAGCGACUUCGGGACCAGUGUGGCUGGUGGGUGGUGCUGCUUGCCUAUGGCACCUUCCUGCUCUUUGCCAUCUUCUGGAAUGUCUUCGCCUAUGACCUGCUAGGUGCCCACAUCCCCCCACCACCCUGAUGGGCUCCCGGGGGCCACACAGGCCAGGGCACAGGCGCGCGUGGGCCAGCCAUCAGGCGAGCCUGCGGGUCCGUCCUCUGUGAAUGUACAUCUCAAGACUGCUUGUCCUCCGUGGGGACCGGUGGGCCCUGCUGCCCAUGGCGUCCAGGCCAAGCCUUACGUCAGCCCUGGCCACCCCCUCCCGGGCCCUGGGGAGGUAGGACUGCCUAGCCAGACAGUGGUGGUCCCCAAGUGUGGCCCUGGAGGAGAUCCUGUCCCGGCCUCUCCCCCACGACUUGCGGUCUGAGCCUUUUUGGAAAACGAAUAAAUAUUUUACACAGCA